AUGGCCUCAACCAACUACAAGGAAGCGUUCUCGCUUUUCGACAAGCGCGGCACGGGAAAGGUAUCGCUCGAGUCACUCGGUGACCUGCUGCGCGCAUGCGGCCAGAACCCUACCCUCGCGGAGAUUGCAGAUCUGGAGAAGAGUGUCGGCGGAGACUUUGACUUCGAGUCGUUCCUGAAGGUGCUGAACCGUCCUGGUGGAUUCCGGGAGCCCGGCGAGCCCGAGGAAUACUGUCGGGGAUUCCAGGUGUUUGAUAAGGAUAUGACUGGGUUUAUUGGGGUGGGGCAGUUGCGCUAUAUUCUCACGAAUCUGGGCGAGAAGAUGUCGGACGAGGAGGUCGAUGAGCUGCUGAAGGCGGUUGAUACCAGCUCUGGCGAGAUCAACUACACCGACCUCGUCCGCACGAUCCUGGCCAACUGA